AUGAAGCCCAUAACCGAUCAACCAGAGCAGGAACCUGAGAUUAAUGGCUCCCCGGAAAAUGCACUGCAUCCGUAUAAAAGACUCCAAAACCAAAGGACGUCGUCUACCGAUGGUAGCAAUGAGGUGCAGUAUGUGGAAAUGGUGUACAAGGAGAAGGCUAUUCCGCCGUGGACGCACCAGUUGACUGUAAGAGCUCUUGUUGUGAGCCAUGCGUUGGGGACUUUGUUCACUGUGCUAUUGUUGAAGUUACGUUUGACUACAGGAUUAAUCUUUACUCCUGCGUAUAUGCAUCCUGGGCUAGUAGGGUUCUCCUGCAUCAAAACAUGGAUCACCAUCGUUGAAAGGUGUGGGAUUUUAGGCCAACCUUUUACCAGGCAAGAGAACACUAUGAUUCAAGUUUGUGUACUUGCAAUCGCACGUGUUGCUCUUAAUGGAGGCAUUGCAAACUACAUUUUCGCUAUGGGCAAUUCUGUUGCAAAGGAAAUGCCUACUACAGAAGGUAAUGAUAAACUGAACAUUAAGGAACCCCACAUUGCCUGGAUAAUCCCAUAUUUACUCCUAACAUCCUUCGUCGGCCUCGGUGCCAUGGUGCCACUUAGAAAGUUUAUGCUCAUAAAGCUUAAAUUGGUGUAUCCUACUGGGCAAGCAAUUGGUCACCUUACUAACUGCAUCAACGCUCCUUUUACAACCAAGUUUGCCAGGAAACAAUUUACAACGCUUGUCAAGUUCUUCUCCUUCAGCUUCUUUUGGAGUGGUUUUCUGUGGCUCUUUACCGGUGAUAUUGGCUGUGGCUUUCAAAAAAUGCCUCUACUGGGUUGGACUGCACUUAAGAAUGGCUUCACUUUUGACUUAAUUGGUUCAAAUGUUGGGUUGGGCAUGCUGUUGACAUACAACACAUGCAUAUCGAUAUUGAUUGCAACAAUUUUUUGUUCUGGCUUCCUGUUACCCUAUCUUCGAAGCAAAUCCGGAGUUUGGUAUUCAUCUGAUAUUAUCAACACGGAGGACUACCGUGGGAUGUAUGGUUACCAAGACUUUGGUGGUUUGGCAAUGAUGCUUGGUGACGGCUUCUACAACGUCUUGAGAGUUGUUGGGGUUGCAUUGUUCCACAAACUCCGCAACAAAUACACUGCCGAUGAUCAUCUUCAAUCCCCUCCUCCUGAUGAUCAUGAUCAAACCUCACCUUGCCGUAGUGAUGAGCAGAUAAGGACCCAACACUUCCUCAAUGACCCAAUACCAACUAAGCUAGCAACCGUUGCCGGCGCCGCCCUUGUGGCCAUUUCCGCAAUGUUACUCCCUCUAAUCUUCCGCCCACUAAAAUGGUACCACGUCGUGGCCGCGUACAUGAUAAGUUUUGUCCUAGCUUUCAUCCAAGCACAUGUGGUCGGGCUUUGUGACCUUAUUCUCAACCCUGCAUAUUUAGAUAUACGAGCCGCGUUCGUCUUCGGAGCAUGGGCUGGGAUCGCUCAGGGCGGCGUUCUUGUCGGCCUGGUUGCUUGCGCGAUCAUGACCAACUUUAUCUCCGCCGCCGCCGACCUAAUGACAGACCUCAGAACUAGCUACUUAACCAUGGCUUCCCCGAAGUCUGUUUUCGUUUACAAAGUCAUUGGGACUGCGUCGGGCUGCAUCAUCUCUUCCAUGACAUUCUGGUACUUUGAAAACCAUGAUCGUAAAUUUGGGACCGACAAGGCAUAUUAUACUGCAUAUACUGGUCAAAGUUUUAGACAAACUGCUAUAUAUGGUGUUCAAGGAUUUUCGGGCUUCCCUAAGCACUACCUUCAGUUCUGGUGCGCCUUGUUCAUUCUGGGCAUCGUCAUCAACGUGAUCAAAGAUGUUUUGCCAAAGAAAGUGGCAGGAUAUGUCCCUAAUCCAACGGCACUAGCUGUAGCAUUCUAUGUAGGUGGUCGCUACAGCGUUAGUUUAUGCGUUGGGAAUUUGAUCGUUUUUCUGUGGAGGUCGAGGAGAAAGGAUCAGGCUGAUGCAUUUGCACCCAUUGUUGCUUCUGCUUUGAUUUGUGGAGACGGGCUGUGGAAUUUGGUGAGUAACGUGUUCGCUUUCGUUGGUUUGAUUGACCCACCAUGGUGCGUGCAGUUUAGUAGAUCAAGCGAAACGUAA